UCAAUUCAAGUAAACGACAAAAGAAACCAGAAGAAAAUAUCUUAUCCUCCCCCUCCCCCACCUUUUUAUUUGACGAUGUGUGUUCUUUCUCUGCAGAAUGCAGAUUGUGAAGUGAUAGUAUCAAUCCCCGUUUAGAUCUCUCAAAAAAACCCAUCAAUUUGUAGUAUUGUUUUCCAGAUAAUUCCAGAUAUGGGGUUUGAUAAAGAAGCGAGCUCGUCGUCGCAUGUGCUGAAAGUGCCAGCCCUCCCGAGAGAAGACACCCCUCUGUUGGGCCAGCCACGCCACCUCUCUUCUCAGUCAAAGACCUUUGCAAAUGUCUUCAUAGCCAUAGUCGGAGCAGGCGUCCUCGGCCUUCCGUACACCUUCAAGAAAACAGGAUGGCUCAUGGGCUCCCUCAUGCUCUUCUCCGUCGCUAUUCUAGCCUAUCACUGUAUGAUGCUUUUGGUUUUCACUCGCCGCAAACUGGAGUCCCUCCAUGGCUUCUCCAAGAUAAGCUCUUUCGGUGAUCUCGGCUUCGAGGUUUGUGGCCCCCUCGGCCGCUUCGCAGUUGAUAUAAUGAUAGUUCUUGCACAGGCUGGCUUCUGUGUUAGUUACCUCAUCUUCAUUGCCAACACUUUAGCUUAUGUUUUCAAUGCCGAUGACGAUAACAACCAGGCACGUAUUCUCGGGCUCACUCCCAAGACUUUGUAUCUGUGGGCUUGUUUUCCAUUCCAGUUAGGUUUGAAUUCGAUUGCAACGUUGACUCAUUUGGCCCCUUUGAGUAUCUUUGCCGAUGUGGUGGACCUUGCGGCUGUCGGGGUGGUGAUGGUGGAGGAUGUAUUUGUUUUCUUGAAGAACAUGCCGGAGUUGAAGGCUUUUGGUGGUUUCUCCGUAUUCUUUUACGGCCUGGGCGUGGCUGUUUACUCUUUUGAAGGAGUGGGAAUGAUAUUGCCAUUGGAAUUAGAGGCUAAAUACAAAGACAAGUUCGGGAAAGUAUUGGCCUUUUGCAUGGCAUUCAUUACAUUGUUGUACGGUGCAUUCGGGCUAUUGGGAUACAUGGCUUUUGGUGAAGAGACCAAAGAUAUAAUCACCACCAACCUGGGAGCAGGAUUAAUAAGCACCCUGGUGCAGUUGGGUCUGUGUAUCAACCUGUUCAUUACGUUCCCGUUGAUGAUGAACCCGGUUUACGAGGUAGUAGAGAGGCGGUUGUGUGACGGUAGAUACUGCUUGUGGCUGAGGUGGGCGGUAGUUCUGGGAGUGAGCUUGGUGGCUCUGCUGGUCCCCAAUUUCGCAGAUUUCUUGUCACUUGUGGGGAGUAGUGUCUGCUGUACUCUGGGGUUUGUUUUGCCUGCUUUGUUUCAUUUUUUGGUGUUCAAGGGUGAGUUGGGGUGGGAUGGAGUGCUUUUGGAUGCGGUCAUUGUGGUUGUAGGUGUGAUCAUGGGAAUCUCUGGAACCUGGUCUUCCCUCAUCGAGAUAUUUGCGUCCAACUCCAAAGCCUGAUUUCUUUCUUUCCUUUUUUCCCCCUCUCUUCUUGAGGUAUGGUGGGAUAGGGACAUAUUAGCGACUGUUAAUACCGAUGAUCGAGGAGAAAGAAAUAAAACUUUACCAUGUGUGUUUGCCACAUUACACAACACUGCAACAACUAAUAGUAUGACAGAAGAUAGUAACCUAUAUUUAUCCUCCUAUAAUUAAGCAUCAACCACACACCAUAUAUAUAUUUGCACAGCUUUC